CGCAGUUGACGUGUUCCAGCGCUUCGCGAGGACGGACAGCCGUUAGAUUCUAAAGGUGGGAUCUUGAAUCUACCUCAGCGACAAAAAAAAAGAAGUCGUCCCUGCGCUGCUUCUUAGAGUCAGACAAGGAGCAAAGCUGGCAGUAAGAGGACAGUAACUUACCUGCACAGAUAUCAGCGGCUGGUGUUCAGGAUGCUUUUGUCCCGACAUCUGACCUGGAGGUAACCCCACGUUGUCUGUGCUGAGAUGGUCCACUGGACCACACAGUGGGGGACAUGUGUCUGUGUCCAGACUCUGCUGGCCUUUGCCCUGGCCAACUGUCCCUCACUUGCCCCCAGCCCUGUCAACUUCUCUGUGGUUUACACCAUGCCCUUCUUCCAGGCCCGGGGCACCAUCCAGAACAUAGUCAACAACUCGCUCUACCAGGAGGUGUAUGUUGCCUCUCAGAAUGUGAUCGAAGCUGUCAACAGAAGCUUGGAGAAGGCGUGGGAGCUCCGCACUGGGCCGGUGGGAAGCCCCGAGUGUCACUUGUGCGAUCUGUGCGACAUUGGCAAGGAUCCCAACUUCCCGGAGGACACGAACAAUCAGGUCUUGCUGUUGGAUACUCUCUUCAUGUCUUUAUACUCUUGUGGAAGUUCUCAGUAUGGUGUAUGCUAUUUCCACCAACUAAACUCAAAUGGACAGUUGCCUUCCCUUUCGAAGUGUUUGUUCAAAAAGGAUUCGAACUCCGCUGCCUACUGUCCCGACUGUUUGGCUAGCCCUCUUGGUACCAAAGUCACAAUGGUCGAAGAGGGACAGACCGUCUACUUCUUUGUUGCCACCACUGUCAACGACAGCGUGACCCAGCGUUACGCAAGGAAGUCUAUAUCAGUGCGUCGACCACUGGCCACAGAAGACGGCUUCUACAGCGACGUGCGUGGCCUGACUGUCCUUCCGGGCUUGCGGCGGAAAUACCAUAUUGAAUAUGUCUACAGCUUUUUCACUCAGGAGUUUGUUUACUUCCUCUCAGUUCAGAGAGAGAGCCCCGAUCAGGACUCCUCUUCGUUUCAGACUCACUUGGGCCGUCUCCCACGGAAUGAAUGGGAGAUGAAGAGGUACCGUGAAGUGAUCCUGGAGUGUCGGUUUGAACCGAAGCGCCGGAGGAGGAACGUAGCCAGCGAGCCCUACAAGGACGUGGUGUACAACGUGGUCCAGGCGGCCCACUUUGGCAAGGCGGGCAGGGAGCUGGCAGAGGAGUUGGGGGCCGAGGAGGAGGAUGACAUCCUCUACGGGGUUUUUGCCGUCACUGAUGACAACGGGGUGACGGAGCACGACUCGGCCCUGUGCGCCUUCCCGAUUGACAACGUGAACAAAGCCAUCGUGGAUGGGGUGGAUGACUGCUGCGAGUCUGGACCAGAGCAGCUCUCCAGAGGGCUCUGCCACUUCCAGCCCUGUGAGAGCUGUCCACAUGAGAGCAUGGAGAACAAUGCCACAUGCAGAGACCAUCCUACCAUGAUGUCGAAGCCCUACUACAGAGUGGACCUCUUCAACAGGCAGAUGACAGAUGUCCUCCUCACAUCUUUGCUGGUCACAAUCAUAGAGAACAAGACCGUAGCCCAUAUUGGCACCUCGACUGGACGCCUGCUGCAGCUUGUAUUAACAAGAUCCAGCCCUAUUAUCUUUGCCAAUUACUCUUUGGUAGAGAACCAGAGGGUCUCGUCCAUCGCCGCUGUUUACUCAACAGAGUAUCUUCUCUUUGUGGUUGGAGACAAGAUGAUCCAGGUGCCCCAGAGAGGGCCGGGCUGUCAACACUUCCUGACUUGUGCCACGUGCCUGACAGCUCCGAAGUUCAUGGCCUGUGGCUGGUGCUCCGGAGUGUGCUCCUGGGAGAGCGAGUGUCACAGUCGCUGGAGGAACGAGUCCUGCCCGCCGGGGAUCACUGGGUUCUUUCCACGAACUGCUCCUCCUGAUGGUCAAACAGAGCUAACGGUGUGCGGAUGGGAGUUCCAGUCUCCCAUAAAACCCGCUAUCACCUCCAGAACCCACCAGAUCCGACUGGGACAGACUGCGUGCACUGUGCUUCCGGUCAAAAGCAAUAACACACACUUGGUGUGUAAGAUUCGCUCUGGGUCCACUGAGCUGUCCAAACCAGUUAACAUUACAGUGGAGGUGCAUGAGGGCAAGGUGGAGGGACGCUACUCUAUUGACGGGAAGGCAGAAAUGCCAGGAUUCACAUUUGUGAUUCCCAACAUCUCAGAAAUCCAGCCCAACUAUGGGCCUCGUGUUGGGGGCACACUCAUCACAGUGACUGGGCCGCACUUGGAUGCUGGGAGGACCAGGAAAGUCACUCUCAACGACAUGCCCUGUCCUAUAAAGAGAGUCACAGAGCCCAAAGGCAAUGUGUCCUCCAUCAUCUGUCUGUCCCAGCCCAUCUCAGAGGUGAGGGACGUCCCCCUGAGUGUUUUCAUCGACAAGUCUCCCGUCCUCACCACAAAGGUGUUUUACUACAAGGAAAACCCGACGAUUACAGCCGUCCUGCCUGACUGUAGCUUUGACAGGGGGUCGAAGAUUGUCAUCUGGGGGGAGAACCUGGAUUCUGUUUACCGCACCAUCAUCCGCUUUAAACCCAAUGAGAGUCACUUGAAACCUGUGACAAGGGAGUGCAUAGGUAAGUCCUUUCCCACGAGGAUGGAGUGUAUCUCUCCUGCGUUCCCCAGGGAUGAGACCGAGGAAGGAGAGCUUUCUUUUGACAUGGACGGAGCGUUGGGACUUUGGAAGAAAGAGUUCUCCUACCACCCCUAUGGCGAGCCCAUUCCUUUUGAAACAGAGGGACACGUGCUGAAUUUGUACCCCGGGUUUGACGAAGUGUCACUACAUCAUCAAAAGCUGAAUCUGGUGAGCUCCUGUAUGACUAUCAUUAUGACGGUGGCAGGAGUUGAUUGUGAUGCUAAAGUGCUGGAUAAUGAGAUCACCUGCAGGAUCCCCAAGAACAUGACCAUCCCCGGCGAGGGCCUGCCGGUAAAGAUCUCCAUCAACGGGCAGGUCCACAACGUCGGUACGGUGGUGAAGGUCAGCAACCACUACAUGGUGGGCAUUGUCCUGGGGAUCCUGGCGGCUCUGGUGGCCGGGGCGGUGCUGGCCUUCGUUGUUAUGAAACACUUGAGGAAGAAAAAGAAAGCCUCCAUGGUGGAGAGCCGUUUGGCCCACAGUGUUAGCUACUCCGGUACAAAUAAUGUGGAGCUGUCGCCCGUUGGGGACUACAGGAGAGCAACCCUGAGUACUCCCACCCCGCUGGGGGGGCCGGUGGUGUUCCCCUACCGGAGCUACGCUGCUGGCAGCAUAGAUUCUACCCUGACUCCCCUCAUGCCUACAGAGAAGAUCUCCAUCUCCAGUUUCAGGCCAGAGCUGCUAGAGGAGGUGAAGGAUGUUCUCAUUCCCGCUGAGAUGCUCAUUGUGCAACACCACCGGAUCAUAGGGAAGGGUCAUUUUGGCACUGUCUAUCAUGGCUACUUCAAAGAUCACAACAACAGAGAAAUCCACUGUGCUGUCAAGUCUUUGAACAGAAUAACAGAUGUCGAGGAGGUGGAGCAGUUUCUGAAGGAAGGUAUCAUAAUGAAGGGUUUCCACCACAUUAAUGUGCUGUCUCUGCUGGGCAUCCUCCUGCCACAGGAGGGGCUCCCUCUAGUGGUGCUACCGUACAUGAAACAUGGUGACCUGCGCCACUUCAUACGCUGCGAGAAGAGGAACCCCACCGUCAAGGAUCUGAUUGGCUUCGGGCUACAGGUUACCAAGGGGAUGGAGUAUUUGGCUCAGAAGAAGUUUGUGCACCGAGAUCUCGCGGCACGCAAUUGCAUGCUGGACGAGUCGUAUACAGUCAAGGUGGCAGACUUUGGCAUGGCCAGAGAUGUGUUUGAUAAGGAGUACUAUAGUGUUCAGGACCACAGGAAGGCUAAGCUGCCCGUCAAGUGGAUGGCCAUCGAGAGUCUGCAGACACAGAAAUUCACCUCCAAGUCCGAUGUGUGGUCCUUUGGCGUGCUGAUGUGGGAGAUGCUGACCAGAGGAGCGAGCCCCUACCCAGAGGUGGACCCUUAUGACAUAACACAUUACUUACUGAAGGGCAGGAGGCUUCCCCAGCCUCAGUACUGCCCUGACCCUUUGUAUAGCAUUAUCCUCCAGUGCUGGGACCCUGAUCCAGAGUUGAGGCCCAGCUUUGCUACGUUGGUGUUGGCUGUCUCCACCAUCCUGUCCGGCCUGGAGGGAGAGCACUACAUCAGUCUGAAUGUCACCUACGUCAACCUGGACCAGCCACGGCCCUACCCUGCCCUCACAGAGUCUGCUGACGAAAACGACUCCACAGAUGUUGAAGACUCAGGCUCAAUCUCUUCCUGAUCCACUCCUCUCUCGACUUUUAAAUGGUAUUGGUGCUAACGGCAAGAGCACAAAAAACCUCGGCCAGGUCGCGACCGUGUUUCUUACCCCCAAGCAUCUGAAACAGAGGUGCUGGUUCAUUACUGGGCAUUUACAGGUGCAAGAUGCUUUUAGCUGGCAUAUAGCACACCCUCGGGCAGUCAUAUUGGAGGCCUGUCACUUUUGCAACAAUAGCUGCAAAAGUUUGAGCUUCCGGUCUUAAAAGUAUUUCAUAGACAUUUAACUAUGUUAUUUUUCACUGCUAACAGAUGUCACUGAUGGUACAACUAAUCAGUUUUGUAGCACUAGAUUGUUAGCUAGAACAACUUGUUUCAUGUCCAUUAGAAUUUGAAAUGCAUUACACUGGAUUGUUAAAUCUGCUUUAAGAGUUUGUUCACAUUAACUGAAGUUAAGGUUUUCAAACAGCAAAGUAUUGUGUAACUAAAGGCACAGCCUAGGGCUGAAUAGAUAACCAAAUCUUGGUCGUGCUGAACCGAACUGUUCACACACAACAGGAGUUUGUUUUUGUUUGCUUAGCUGGUAUUUAUGUAGACCUUAUACAUUAAUUUCUUCCAUGCUCAAGUCUUACAGUGUUAGCUACAGGUGCUGAGGAAAGGUGUCACAUUCAUGUAAUUCAUUGGCACAUUAGCUUUCUUUUACUACCUACAACAUAGUGUACUGUUACAGCAGCAGAGCCCAUGUGUUUAUACGUUUAGGUAUGACAUGCGCACAUUUGCUUUUAAUCUUUUUGCAAUGCAGUGAUUGUUCUGUAUAUUUUGGAUCACACUUCUGUCGGGCACAAUGACGACCGUGAUGUCCUGAAGGCAAUCUGACCGUUCCUUGCAUUUCUGACACAAUGUCUUUGAGAUAGUGUUAUAAAUUAAAAUAUUUAUUUGUUUAUAGAUUUGUUCUCAUGCUGUGGACUUCAAGUAAAUAUGAGAAUUCAUGUAAACCCUGCCAUUUGCGGUUGAUUUUUACACAUGAAUAUUUUGCCUCAGAGCUGCUACGGCUUUUGUUGCAUUCUCCACUAGAGGUCAGCAUUCUGUUAGAAGUCCUCUGCGUUGCCUCUGAUCAGCUCCUGAAGAUGGUCCCAGCAACAUGGAUGCAGCAUUCUUUAUGUGUGCAUCAUUUUUGCUGUA